AAAGGAAUAAGAUGCCUCGCUUUAAGAGCAAGAUGAUUUGGAUGCCUAUCCCUUUCCUAAUUCUUCUCUUCUUUGAAAUGUACCCCAGAAGGCUGCCGUUGCACCCAGCCCGACAAACCCAGCUAACCUUGGGCCCUUGCAGAGGUGAGUUGGUCAACGGUACCAUCACCGCCUUAAAACACAACAAAACCUUUGUCGUUUCGUUGUAUCACGAUAACCGGCAACAAAACCUCACCCGGGCAAUUGCAAUGGUACAUUACAAAAAAAUCCAGGACCUUUACUGCUGGUUUUGUUGCAGUCAUAACAACCGCAUUGCUAUCAUUCGGGCCAGCGUAGACAUUCAUCCGGAGAGAUUUGGUCUCCCGGUUGGCGGGGCAGAUAUUGUGUGUCUGGAACCACAUCGCUGCUUGCCACAGUACAUGUCCAUUCAUCCAUCUACCAAAGGAUCCAUGGCUGAGCUGCCCUGGUUUGAAAUCAAUAACCGGGUCGCCAGGACUUCUUUUGUGAUGGAAUACACCGUCUGUCUGUCAGUCAUGCCUGAGAAUUACGACAACGCCUUACAGUUCGUGCAGAGCGUGGAAAUGUAUAAAACCCUCGGGGCCAAGAAAGUGUACCUUUACAAAAUGAACUGCAGCUCGCUCAUGGACCAAAUCUUACAUUUUUAUGUUGAAGAAGGCACUGUGGAGGUCAUCCCUUGGCCAAUUACUUCCUAUGUGCACUUGUCUUCUUUUUGGUAUUCUUACCAGGACUGGGGCUACGGGAAAACCACCGUUCUAAACGACUGCAUUUACCGCAAUAUGUACCGAAGCAAAUACGUGGUUUUUAAUGAUUUCAAUGAAAUUAUCCUUCCCUUAAAACACCCAAACUGGAAAACGAUGAUUGAUAGCCUUGAGGAUCAAAAUCCAGGAGUUGGCAUCUUCUUUUUUGAGAGUCACUUUUUCUCUCAGAAUGUAUUUUCGUCUUUGGAUAAAUUCAACAGCAGUCUCUGGAAAACCAUCCCGGGAGUUAACAUAUUGCGGCAUGUUUAUCGCGAGCCCAAUAAACUGCACAUCAAUAUUUUGAAGAAAAUGAUUGUAAACCCGAGGAGUGUGGUUCAGGCAUCCAGCCAUUCCGUCCUCAAAGGAUACGGCCGAACGCUUGAAGUAUCCAGGGACGUUGCAAUUCUUUACAACUGUAGGAAACACCUCGAAAGUGAAUUUGGGGAACAGUAUCUCAUGAGGGACACAACCAUUUGGAGGUUCAACCUAUCGCUGAUUAGCAACGUGAAUAAGGUUUUUGAUCAUGUUCUCGGCAAUCAGGUCGAUAACAUCUCCAUUUGGAGCAUGUUCUUGAGAAGCCUUGCCAAAAUCUUUUAAAAAGUUUGGUUUUUCACUUGAACAAAAUCGCCCGACAAGGAAGUGUUUUUCUUCACAUGGCCUGUGUGUGUCCUUCACCCCUUUAGAGGAAAUCAGGGGGAUUAAAACUACAAUUCGUUCUUUAUAGCCUGGUUUUGCAGAAAACUGACCUGCUUUAUCUGCUGUUUAAUAAAAAGAGGAUUAACUCAGAUUAACUGU